AUGCCUAUAUAUGGACAACCCAAGUUUUAUGAGCCAAGCAUCAAACCCAGCCCCCCUACGGUCCCACCCUACAAAGGAUCCGUGCGCAAGGGAGUUUACAAGAUCAGAGCCUACAGAGGUUUCAUCAACGCCUCUGAUCUGAAGAAUCGGAGAAAGCCGUAUGAGCCGACAAUACCAGCUACUGUCUUGCAGAAAACUCCAGUCCCAAAACACAUCAAGAAGGUAAAGGCCGCUGAACCGCCACGGGUAAGGACCCCUAUCCUGGAUCCCUAUCGCAGACGGAGUCCCAAGGUCGAUGACCCCUUGUCGGAGGUUCACAGGCGGGAUUCCAUAGAACCAACGCCCCGCCCACAACCAACCCCACUAAAACUCCAAACUCCGCCUGUCUACCAAAGUAAAUUUUCGCCCAUCCCACCGCCGGAGCCUAAGCCAAUCUAUGCAGCCGCAGCCCCACCUCCAAAAAAGGCGUCACCCAAGCCAAAGAGCAAGCGAGAAGUUUAUUCUCCUUUCCUGUACCGAAGUCCAACCCCUUUUAAAAAAGAGGCACCACAGCACAAGCCCAAGUACACGAACUCUUACAAGAGCGACAGAGAACCCUUCUUCUCCCCUAUGAUACCCGUGACUACCCCGGAGAAAGGGACGCAGCAGAUGAUGCUGAUCAAACAGCCAGAUCCGCCAAGAGGCAGGAGACCGAGCUACCCAAUGAUCCCCGUGUCUCCUCCCCCACGAUGGAAUACACGACGUCAGGAUUUGUACUCACCACCUUCAACGCCCACCUCUCCAGGUCCGGAUUGGUCCUAUAGCUACUCCGACUACAGCUACAUGCCUGGAAUCCCGGCCUAUUCAGCUGUAGGCGCCACUCUGAGGAGCAUGCAGGUGUACGGUCGCGGGCCAAGAUGA